UAUACUUUUACUUAUUCAGAGGAUAAUGGACAACCAGUUCUCAAUACAAACGUCGUCCUCACUUUUUUUCUCUGGAUAUUGACAUAACGGAAGUUAUUUUUGCACAAUAUGUAUUUUAACCAUAGCUAUGCCCCUUUAUUUGAAUGUACCUAUUCGCUUUUUAUUAUUAUUAAAAAGUUAGGAGCGCAAAACAAAUUCCACACGAAUGUUUUUGCUCCUAACUCUGAUAAUAAAGAAAAAGUCAGGAAAAAAAUAAAACGAAGGGGCAAAGCUGCGGUUAGUUUACAUCAAAGUUGAAAUUAUUUUUUAUAAUAUUAAUUAAUAUCCAGAGGGGAAAACGAGAACAACGUUUUGUGUGAAAAGGCGUUGUAGCGCCCCGUCGUCUACUUUUGUCUUAAUCGACCUUGGUAUGGAAUUCAGAAAUGUUUACACAGCUAAUUAAACUACUAAGCUUUAUAAAUGCCAUGCGCGAUAUGGAGGUUUCAGAACAGAACAACAUGUACGUUCACGGCGAAGGAGAGUUGAUGGUGCCAGCGCAUUUGAAUUUUAGUAAAUUCGUUUUGGACCGACUGCGGAAAGGAAACCUUGACGGCGCGCGCUUGCGAUACUGCAUUACGGGUGAAGAGCUAAAUGUUCGCGAGUUGACGCAGCGCGCCGUCAGCACAGCGGCGGCGUUGAUGCGGCUCGGCGUGGCGCGCUGCGAAGUCGUAAUGGUGGCCGGCGAGCUCUGCACCGCCUACCUGCCUACCGUUCUGGCGGUCGUGUUCACGGGCGCCGCCUGCACGUCGAUAGACCUGGAAUGUGGCAGUGCUAUCUUGUUACACAAGUUUAACCUAACCAAGCCGAAGUAUGUCAUCUGUACACGCUUGUUUUGGGAAAGGUACGGCGAUAUACUGACGGGUUUAGAUUACAUUAAAACCUUCAUUUGUUUCGACGGCCUUGAUAACAUGGAGUCAGUGGAGGAUAUGGUUAAAUGUCACGUGGACGUUGACGCGUUUCAGCCCGUUGAUGUAAGUGGGAAUGAUGUCGGGUUGAUCAUGUACUCAUCUGGCACGACUGGCAUGUCCAAAGGCGUUUUGCUCACGCACCAAAACCUCCUUGCGAGGUUCGAAUUAACUGGAUACGUGUAUCCCGACGUGAAAUUAAUGAACAUUUACGCAUCAAGCGAACUCAAUAUUAUUACGAAGACCGUAAUUGUAUUCGAUGAGUCCAAUGCAGAAAAUAUAUGUGUAGGCGUUGUUGCUCCAGGAGUUACGGUAAAGGUAGUGAAUGUAGAAACGAGAGAAGCUCUGGGCCCGGAGCAGCGCGGGGAGAUAUGUGUCCGAAGCCCGGCUCUGAUGAAGGGCUACCUCGGGGCUCCCUUGCCUGUUGACGAGCAGGGAUUCUAUCCUACAGGCGACUUGGGCUAUUACGACAUUAAAAAGCGCUUUUAUUUGGUGGAUAGACUGACAGACGUGAUCUGCUAUAUAGGAUACAUGGUGUCCCCUGGAGAUAUUGAAAGCGUGCUACUGCAGCACCCGGCCGUGAGUGAGGCGGCGGUGGUUGGCAAGCCAGUGGGAGGAGAGGUGGUGGAGCUGCCCGUUGGUUUUGUGGUGCUAAAGCCUGGUGCCGUGGCUACCGUGGACGAGCUGCAGGAGUAUGUGGACCAACGGGUAUCGCGGUACAUGCAGCUGCGCGGGGGUGUGCGCAUUUUGCACGAACUCCCGCGCAACCCGCGUCGAAAAAUUUUGCGCAAGCGUCUGAGGGACAUCCUGGCACUAGAGUAAUGUUUAAGCCAUCACAUCAAAGUCAUGAAAUGGUCUAAUUAGACAUAAUGUGCAUCAAUACAUAAAAGUUAGCUUUUGUUGCGAGUGUUAAUUUUGAAUACCCAUAGCCAUACCCACACUCAUACCUAUACCAAAACUAUUCAUAACUAAGCUACUCGUAUUUUUACAAGCUGUUAUUUAACUUGCCCUGUUACUAUUGAUAAUUUGGCAUAUAUAAACCAUAAGCAAGUCACCGUUGAUUUGCAUUUAAAUUCGACACAUAUUCAACCGGUCAGCCAAGUGUUCGAAUUUCGGUAGCUUAAAAAAUAAAUAUAAGUACUAAAAUUUAAAGAUUAGCAUCAAGAACAGAGCUUUAAAAUAUUUCAAUAUGAUUAGCCAAUAGGAGAUCCAUAUAGUGUUAGUAAAGUUUCAGAAAUCUUAAAAUUAAAUUAGGUUAGUGACGUACAAUUUACAAAUAAUUUGAUACACACAUGACACAUUAAGAUAAUAAAUAAUAUAAUAAAAUAAGUAAAAUCUAAUGCCUUAACAGCUUUUGAUUAUUUUAAGGCAAGUACCAAGUUAAGAUAAAAAAUUAUGGAAUGUUAAAAGGGUUUAAAACAUGAUUUUUUAGCGCCAAAAAAAAAAAUAUUAGCUCCUACAAUAUAAUAUUAAUACACAGCCAAAUUAUAUUAUUAUGCCCAAUGAAAGUUCCUGUUUAUCAUUUUAGUUGCCGUAAUAAUAAUAAGCUUUUAAAUCCUCCUAAUAGAAUUAAAAUCGAGUAGUCAAUACCACUAGCUUCCCAAUUUCUAUCGCUCGUAUUUCACUAGAUUGCAUUUCGCUGUUUUCCACAGAUUUUCGAGUGACGAAAUCAAGCGCUCGAAAUUCAAAAAUCGGCCCCCAGUUUGAUCAUUACAGACCUUUGUUAAUAUAUCUUUUGGCUGAUUUGCUGAUGACAACUGAAGUCUAACAAAGAAAUACAGGAGAUGAGACUUAAUUUUUUAGUUUAUAAUCUCGUAGGUAGCACGUUCAAUAAUCGUCUUUAUCUGUGCCUGUCCAAGGAUUUAUGUGGUUGCUAUAAUUUCAUCGCUGACUAUGCGGGCUGCGGCGUAACUUACUUUUGCAAGUUAUGCUAACUCAGUGGCCUUUGAAACAUGUGGCUGAGAUGUUAUCGUGCUAACAAUUUCUGCCUCCACGCUAACACUUUCUAGACUAACUCAUAACAAAAUAUAUGCCGCCACUCUUCCAAGAAAAUAUACCGGUUUGCAUGAUACGGUGAAACCUGGAUAAGUGGGACAUCAAAGACGCACAAAUUUGUCUCACUUAGAGAGGUAUUCCCCUUAAAAUAAGUAGAUUAUAAGUACAUUUUAACAUUUGCAUGCUAUUUCGGCUGAAUACUGUGACAAUAUUGAAUGUAACACCCUGUACCUACGUAUUCUUGCAAAUAAACGUUUCUAUUAUAUUCUAUUCUA